UGGCCAAGGCUCUCUCUUAUGGCUAUUAAUAUCCUCUCUAUUCCACUAAUGAGUAAUGAGCCAGAGAGAGUAUUUUCAGGGGGUCGACGUACGGUAGGCUGGGAUAGGGCAAAAAUGGAGGCAGAGACUAUUGAGAUACGAGAGUGCUUAAAGUAUUGG